CCAGCAGUCUGCCCCUUGUCUUGUGCCGCGCGGGCGCUGCCCGGGCCGGCGGGAAGGCCCGAGUCCAGCCAGGCUCGGCGUGGGGCGCCGCCCCCCGUGACCGCUGAGGUGUCAGCGCCUCCGCUGGUCGCUGGACGUGGAGGUGGCCCCUGGGUGGGGUGAAGCAUCCCUGUCCUUAUUCUUGUCCCCCCACCCCAGCGUGGGCCACUGGCUGCAGGAUGAACUGUCGCUCGGAGGUGCUGGAAGUGUCAGUGGAGGGACGGCAGGUGGAGGAGGCCAUGCUGGCUGUGCUGCACACAGUGCUCCUGCACCGCAGCACCGGCAAGUUCCACUACAAGAAGGAGGGCACCUAUUCCAUCGGCACUGUGGGCACCCAGGAUGUUGACUGUGACUUCAUUGACUUCACCUACGUGCGUGUCUCCUCUGAGGAGCUGGACCGUGCCCUACGCAAGGUUGUUGGGGAAUUCAAGGAUGCACUGCGCAACUCUGGUGGCGAUGGGCUGGGGCAGAUGUCCUUGGAGUUCUACCAGAAGAAGAAGUCUCGCUGGCCUUUCUCAGAUGAGUGCAUCCCCUGGGAAGUGUGGACAGUGAAGGUGCACGUGGUUGCCCUGGCCACAGAACAGGAGCGGCAGAUCUGCAGGGAGAAGGUGGGUGAGAAGCUCUGCGAGAAGAUCAUCAACAUCGUGGAGGUGAUGAACAGGCACGAGUACCUGCCCAAGAUGCCCACCCAGUCGGAGGUGGACAACGUGUUUGACACAGGCUUGCGGGACGUGCAGCCCUACCUCUACAAGAUCUCCUUCCAGAUCACUGAUGCCUUGGGGACCUCAGUCACCACCACCAUGCGCAGGCUCAUCAAAGAUACCCUUGCUCUCUAGGCCCUGCUGGGGCCUUGGGUGCUCCUUGAUGGCUUGUGGACCUUGGCUUCUGGCGAUCGUACUGUUAGGCCCUUGGGGUUCUGGAACCUGCUCUCAGUCCUUGAUGAGACAUGGAAGGGCCUUCGCCAUCCCUGGCUUCCUUGUUUCGUGGUUGCCAGUCUGGUUAUCCUCUCAAUCUUUACUGAUGGUCAAGUCCAGCUUAUACUGUCUCUCCACACGCCUGGUAGGGGUCUCCCUUCCUUCUCUACUGUACAGAAGAGCCACCGCUAGGAUGGUGAAUGAAGUUGAGAGUGUGAGUUUGGAUUGAGCCAUCUCUCCCUUGGCUUGUGUUCUGCCUUGAAACAUUAACACUUUCUGGCAGACCUGGGAGGAUACUGUUGGGUGUUGAGGACAUUUUUCAAGAUGAGGGGAGUUGGUGGAAAGGAUUAAAGAUUAAAACUGAUUUUGUACUUUGUUGGAUGUCACAGUAAGCAGGUGUUACCCACCUAGGUGUCCCCAUGGUCAGUUCCAUGAAUGAGGACAUGAUUCAGGACCUGUUGCUUUUGGAUAUGAUUGUGCUGUAUCUUCUCCCUGCCUUUGACACCCUGGAUCUUUGUAUUAUUUCGUCUUGCUUCAUCAUGGCCCCCCCAUGAGCACUAGAAAGCAUUUUUGAUUUGGGGUUUCUGUCUCUGGAAAGAGAUGGCCCACUUGAGACUGAUGUCUGGUGACACUUCCAGAUUGGGGUGGCCCUCACUUACUGUUAGGAAAUUGCUUUGGUAACACUUGUUUGACACAAACAUACUUAAAGUCAGUGAACUCCA